GGCUUCCAAUGCAAAAUGUUGCGUGUUUUCAAUUUUCGAGUUGGAAUUCGCCGAUCUUCUGUGAAAGCAGCCAAAAAAGAUGCAAAAAAAUAUACAGACACGAUUAAUUUACCAAAGACAAAGUUCCCCAGCCGCCUCAGUGCAGCCAAACGCGAGGAACAGGAGCAACAAGUUCUGGCGAACAAGAUAGCCGUGGCUUAUAAAUAUCAGGAGCAACGACAAUUUGGUGAAAAAAGAAAACCCACAUUUGUGCUGCAUGAUGGACCGCCGUAUGCCAACGGACAGCUGCACAUGGGGCACGCCGUCAACAAGAUUCUGAAAGACAUCACUCUGCGCCAGCGGGUGGUCCAUGGACAGGAGGUCAACUACAUUCCCGGCUGGGACUGCCACGGCCUGCCCAUUGAGCUGAAGGCCACAAGUGCAGCAGAGGGCCAGAGUGCUGCUGAAAUACGUCAGAAAUCGCGUGCCUUUGCCUUGGAGGCCAUUCAGUCGCAAAAGGAGGAGUUCAGCAGCUGGGGGAUAUUGGCCAACUGGCAAAAGGACAACAUCUACACGACCUUCCAUCCAGGAUUUAUUGCCAAUCAGCUGCAAAUGUUCCAUAAUCUGUAUGAACGCGGCCUUGUCUAUCGCGAUUUGAAGCCGGUGUACUGGUCUCCGUCAUCCAGAACAGCACUGGCGGAGGCCGAGCUGGAGUACGAUACCAAUCACAUAAGCCCUUCAGUAUAUGUGCGAUUUGCCCUGAACCCCAAUGGACUGAAUGUUGAGACCAAAGGUGCACAAAUCUAUGCACUUGUAUGGACUACAACGCCCUGGACUUUGCCCAGCAAUCAAGCGAUUUGCUUCAAUGCCUCCCUCGAGUACGUUUUGGUCAGAUUUUUGGACCGCAGCCCAAGUGAGCUUUAUCUCAUGGCCUCCGCUCUCCUGUCAGACUUCGAAGCCUCCACUCACCUUAAAUGCGAGGUGGUGCAGACGUUGCCCGGAAGUUCAUUGAGCUCGCUUACGUAUAACCAUCCCAUAGACAAGGCACAGACGAAUCUGCCCUUCUUCGAUGCCAGCCAUGUACAGGACAGCAAGGGCACGGGCUUGGUUCACACCGCACCGGCACACGGACCAGAGGACUUUCUGGUUAGCCUGGCCAAGAAAAUACCCGUCAAGUGCAUGGUGAAUGAGGCGGGCGUUUACACGAAGGAGGCGCCUAGCUUUCUACACGGCCAAUCAGUGCUGGACCUGGGCAAUCCUCUCGUGCUACAGCACAUAGCAGAGGAUGUUAUACACUCUGCACAGCUGGAACAUUCCUAUCCCAUUGACUGGCGCACCAAGCAACCAGUGAUCAUUAGGGCCAGUGAGCAGUGGUUCAUCAAUACAGAUCGCCUGAAAUCGCGUGCUGCCGCAGCGCUGGAGCAAGUAAAAAUAUAUCCACGUACCAAUGCCGAGGUGAGCAAAAGGGCAAUGCUCACCCAGCUACAGAAGCGUCCCUACUGGUGCAUAUCGAGGCAGCGCGCUUGGGGCGUGCCCAUACCUGUGCUCUACAGUCAGAAGAGUGGACAGGUGGUACUCAACGCCGCACUGAUAGAACACCUCUGCAGUCUGCUGCUUAGCCAAGGUUCCAUGGAUUUCUGGUGGUCCAGGACAUUGGAGGAGCUACUUCCUGCUCAAAUCGCAGCCGAGCUCGGCUACGAAGUGAAGGAUCUGGUCAAGGGCAGUGACAUAUUCGACAUUUGGUUCGACUCGGGCAGUACCUGGUCUGCCGUGCUGAAGAAAGAACAGGUGGCGGAUCUCUAUCUGGAGGGCUAUGAUCAGUUCACGGGUUGGUUUCAAUCCUCGCUGCUGACGAGCAUCGCUGCUCGCGACUGCGCUCCCUUCAAGGCGCUCUUUGUGCAUGGCUUCACAGUGGAUGAGAAAGGGCACAAGAUGUCCAAGUCGCUGGGCAAUGUAAUUUCCCCAAAACAGAUUACCAAGAAGUACGGGACAGACGCUCUGCGCUGGUGGGUUGCCUCCCAUGGAACCCAGCACAUGUCCAUUACGGUCAGCGACAAGUUGCUGCUGCAGGCGGCUGAGAAUCUCAGCAAGGUGCGCGGAACACUGCGUUAUCUAAAGGGUGUGAUCGGAGAGAAGCAUCCAGGCCGGGAGCAGCAGCAGCAGCAGUCAAUUCCCGAUGCUAGCUAUUUAAACAAGUAUCUGUUGAGCAAUUUGGUUGACUUUGAAUCAGAGAUUGAAAAGCUGUACAACGUAUAUGAGUACAAUCGCGUGGUGGCCUGCAUUCAGAACUUCAUUGCCAAGCAGGUGUCUUCCAUUUAUGUGCAUCUAAUCAAGGAUCGCCUGUACUGCGGCGACGAUCGCGAGCUGCUCGCCAUUCGCCAGACGCUGACUCAUUGCUAUAGGCAGCUGUGCAAGAGCUUGUGGCCCGUAGCUCCCUUUUUGGUUGAGGAAAGCUGGAGCUACUAUGAUCCAUCGGGCAGUGCCUUCCACGAGCAGUUGGUGCAGGCCCAAAGCAACUGGCAUGACCCCAGGGCCAUUGAAGUCCUGAACGCAGCACUCGAUGUUAAGCGUCUGAUCAACCAGCAGGCUGGAGAAGUCAACAGCUGGCACCUGGCUGUAACCAUCAAGAGUGGCAGCCAGCUGGAGCUGCUGCGUGAAUUGCAACCCACUAUCGGUGUGCCUGUGCGCAACUCCGAACUGUGUGAGAUACUGCAGGUGGGCAGCGUGGCAGCCGUACAAACCGAUCUGGACGAAGAUCUGGAAUUUUCCUUGGCAACACUUGACACACCGCUUUGUCCCCGCUGCCGUCGCUACAGUCUCGAGGAAGAUGCUGAAGCAGAGACAUGCAAGCGUUGCUUCCAGGUAAUGGAAUUGAAAAACUAGUGGUUCAAUCUUGUUGUUGAUAUUGUUGGAAGAGUAGCAGAGUAUAUUUAUGUGGUUAAAAA